AUGAGCAAAGCCCAUCUGCCCGAGCUCAAGACGUUCAUGGACAAGAAACUGUCACUCAAAUUGAAUGGUGGGAGACAUGCGCAAGGAAUUCUGCGUGGCUUUGACCCUUUCAUGAAUCUUGUCAUGAAUGAAUCUGUCGAGAUGGCACUUGGGGGCCAGCAAAAUAACAUAGGCAUGAUCGUUAUCAGAGAGAAUAGCAUCGUGCUGGAAGCCUUAGAACGAGUACAAUGA